CUCAGAGCUGGGUGGAGAAGCAGUUUCAUUUCUGUCCUGAUAAUAGACUGGGAAGGGAAGGCAUGUCUGUGGGAUAAAUUACUUUUCGCUCCUACAGUCCUUUAUGUCCCCAGUGAAACUUCCUUUCAAAGAACAGGGUGUCUCCUCCCAGCUGGAGACAAUAAUAUUUUUUUAAAAAAAACCCACCUCCCCAGGCCUCCAGGCAAUUAAAGUUCCUGCUCAUUUAUAAUCAUCAUCGAGUUCCAAGGCUUUAUUGUUCAUUCCAGAAAUAAAUAGUUCUCCUGCUCACACGCGCACACACAGAGCGAGCCAGCUCUGCCACAGGCAAACGCUCCUCUCUCUUGCACCUUGCAAGCACAGCCAUGUCCUACAGCCACCUGAAGUUCAAGGAGCUAGGAGAAGAGGAGUCGAACUUGGACAAGGAGAACCUGGACAGCGUGAAGGCCCUGACGGCCAAGCUGAAGCUGCAGACUAGGAGGCCUUCCUACUCGGAGUGGAAGGCCCGAGUGCAGAGCCAGUCCUGGAGGAAUGGGGUCAAGGAGGGAGCCAUCAGCUCGCUGAAGGAAGAGCAGGGAGGAGAGGUGUUUCUGGAGGGGACUCAAGCCAAAGUGCCGUCCGGGAGCAUCUGUGGGUUUGCCACCAUGGAUGAUGCCCUGGAGUGGCUCAGGGAGGAGCUGCAGGAGAUGCAGGCUGUGGAUCACCAGUUGGCACGGCAGCUGAUGCGGCUGCGGGGGCAGAUUCACCAGCUGAAGGUGGAGCAGGUGUGCCACCAGCACAAGGAGAUGCUGGACAAUGCCACCUUUGGCCUGGAGGGCUGUGAGGAGGACACAGACCUGCUCUGCAACAUUCCUCCCAAGGCCGCCUUCUUGCUCUCCACGCCACUCAAGCACAUUGGCGUCACACGCAUGAACAUCAACUCCCGGCGCUUCUCCCUCUGCUGAGGGCCCUGGCCUCCUGCCCAGGGCUGUUUGGGCAGGGCACCUCUUCACAGCCCAUCCACAUCAGGGGGAGCAUUAGCAGGGACCGCUCUCCGGGCCCCAAACCUGGCCAAUGGGCGUGCGCAUACCUAGAAACUCAGGCUGAAGGCUCGGGUCCUGAGCUGGUGGGUCGGGUUAUAUACAGGCCAGCGUAGUGGUCAGCCCAGUUAUGGAAGCUGAGGCAAGUGGUGAGUGUACAGCGCAUUCCCCCCUCCCUGAUGACUGGUGUUGCAGGUCUGUGGGCAAGCAGGGCUGCUGCCUCCUGUCAGAUGCCACAGCCUGCUGCCCGACCCUCCCCUGCCAUUCACAGCCGCCUCUGGUCAGUCCCUGCAGCGUCCUACGCUGGAUACAGCAGCCAGCUAGAAACCAAACCUGACCGAACUGAGGCCGGGCUAACGCGCUGCAUGGAGAGGUGCAGAGACCUGCCAAGUCAAUGCAGUGCUGAGCCCCGCAGGCCCAGGAGGAGCUCAGCACUGCCCCUUGAGGAACUGGAGCCUGUGACUGGUUUCAGUCCCAGCAGCAGCCAUGGGGACACUUCUGGGCCUGCCUUGCAAAGACGGGUAGGUGUGCUCUGUGGAACCAGUGCUGCCCACACAGAGGGAAAGCUAAGGGGCUGAGCUCCCACCCUGCCCACCAGAUAAGGUUCUUAUGCCCUGCAGUAGCCGCAUCCCCACCCUUCAGUGCCAUAGCUCUGGCCAGGGGCCAGUCCCUCCUCAGCCAGCUCUGUCCUAGCUUAGGAAGCAGCGUCUGUAACUACGUGUCUGUGCUAUGCAUUUACAUUAACCCCCGAGUCACACCUCCCUGAGCUGAAAUGCUCGAGCUGCGGGGCCAGAGGUGCACAGGCUGCAGUGGCAGGUACUUGCAGAGAGGGGGCAGGGUUUGGUGAGCAGCUGGGUGAAUUCUCCCCAGCAUGUGAGCCUCAUGGCUCAGCUGGGCGGGGACGGGGGAGGGGAAGGUUAUUGCUCUAAGGCAUCUGUGAUGCAUAUUACGCUGCUGGGUCCCAUUCACUACUGCAGAAAACUCAAGAAAAAAGUUUCUGUGCAGAAAUAAAAGACGGCGUCUGCAAAGGUGUCCUUGUUUCCUUCUGUCUCUCACACACAGUCAGCCUGGCUCCAUCCCCAGAUCAGGGUCAGGGACACACACACAGUCAGCUCCCCUCGACCUGCAGACAUAUAUGAUCUGGGACACUGACAAACGGGGCCUCCUUGCUCGGACCCACCCACCCACAGACAGAAAAACACAGGUCAGGUGGAAACACGCAAUGAGGGAGAACUGUCUUGACUCUCAGCCUCUGACCGGCCGUCUCUUCCAGUGCGGGCUGCUCAGUCUAUCCAUCCUUGACCGUGCUGGCAAGUGGUUUUGUGCCCUCGCCCGCUCCCCUUCCACGUCGCUCUUUUGGGUAGCCUUCUAACAAGCCCUGAGAACGUUGGGUUUGUCGCUCUCACUUCCGCUGUGUGUUGUUGUUUCCACUCGGUUUAACUGAGGCCUCAGAUGAGGCAGGCGCCCACUGCACAGUGAACCUAUGAGCAGCCCUGCCUAGCCAGGUGCCUUUCUCGUUUACGUGCGAAUAGGCAUGUUGGUUGUCCUCCACGUUUCACCUUCUCGCUGUCUCCUCGUGCGAUCAUCCCUGAAGACACUUGCAGUUUUCCCCUGGAACUUUUUACGGGCGUGUCUAGAAUCUCCUCGGGGAGGGUCAUUUUCAGGGGAACAUUAGUUUUUACAAACAUUACAGUUUUUACUUCAUCUGAUGAAGUGAGCUGUAGCUCAUGAAAGCUUAUGCUCAAAUAAAUUUGUUAGUCUCUAAGGUGCCACAAGUCCUCCUUUUCUUUUUGCGAAUACAG